UUGGGUACAUCCAAAGAACAAGAGGGCUCCAUUGGUUAAGAAGUGGGUUAUAGGUGCUUGGUUAGCUUGCAACUACAACUAGCGGCUUCUAGUUAGAGCAAAACACCUUCAACGCCGUUCAGACCGUCUUGGGCCUUCGCCGGUUCACCUGCUUCAAGGACGCGUGCUAACUCAACACUAUCCUUUUCUUCUUCGGCCGGUUAAUUAUUGUAACUUGGAAGAAUUGCAAAGAUGCGCGUAACUACUGUCGUUGUGAUUUUCGUCCUUUGGAACACUGCCGAUGGUCAACUUUGGAAAUUACCGGAAGAAUUGUUGAAUAGUUUUCCGUGGUUUCGGCAGGCGAAAGCUGGUGAGGGCAGCGAGAACACUUUGCCAACGAGCAGCGUUUCGACCCCGCCGUCGUUAUCAUCAUCAUCGCAUAUUAUAACGACUAUUUCGGAAACGGCUUCCACUACGAAAAAACCGACAAGUCCGGGCGCGAUAGCAACCAAAAAAGUGGUUGCACAAAAGACAACUGCAACUGUCCGUACGAAUACGACGAAACGUAACAACCCUUCGAGUAAACUACCCCCUCAACAGAGGCAAUCCGGUGGUACUCACGCGCCGGUCACAACGCAAAAAAUUCUGAGCACCGCGCAACCCUCAACGAAAACUUCCACUGCAACAAUUUUGAAGAACACCAAGAGUUCCGCAAUCAAUUCGAGUUCGACUACUAGCUCCAGGAAGUCGUCGGGUACAUGGACGACGGCUUCGACGGCGCAAGUUAAAAAUACGACGCAAGCCGUCGUGACGAGUAGCACCGAUUUUUCAACGCUACUCGUCGAAUCAACCACCCCCGAUAGUCAAGGUACCACAAUUGAGUCAAGGGACAACCACCGGGUGCACCAUUUCUACAUGAGUAAGCACGAAAAACCCCAAGUCAAAAUUGUCUCCAAUAUAAGUCAGAAUCUUUUACCUUUACCUGCUGAUGCAAGUGCUGCUCUGGUAAAACCAACGAAAUACCACUACUACCCCCACAAUCAACAUAUUUACCUACUUCCGGAAUGUGCCAUACAGCAGGUUUGUAAUGCUGUAUAUGUACGACUUAACUGGACACAGCCCUUAUGUGCAUGUCCUUCAAGAUAUAGAGAUCCUUGUUCUGCAAGUUUAAACUCUGAUGAUCAGCAUACAACAGAACUCUUGACUAAUCAAAAUCAAAGGAAAGCAUUAACAUUGGUGAAAACGUGUGAGCCAACAACCGAAAUGAGAAUAUGUCGAUCACCAAGGGACUGGUCUUUGCUAGCCUUGCAAAAUAUUCGUACUGGUAAAUCACACUAUCUGGUAAUAUGUCGCUGUCCAGAGACGAGUUUUCUUGAUGGUCCUAUGUCUCAUAAUCAACCAACGUAUGCGAGUGUACCAGGUAUACGAGUUUAUGGUAUGAUGUGCGUACAGCAAACAGCCAGACGUGAUAGAACAGCUAAACUUUUCAACGUUGAAGAUCCCAAAUUUCCAUGGCAAAAAGUCAAAGAUUUUGCUAAAACAGUACAAUGGGAAUAAAUAAUUUAAUUGCUUAUUUAUUUGAUAUGUUUGCUAUUACAUAUUGUCUAUAUAAUGAGCCGAACUUGCUAAUUUAGACGCUGAAUUGUAAGAUUAUUAAUUGCAAAUUAAUACUCAAUGUAUAUAUUAAAACGAAAAAACAAAAGAAUGCAAUUGGUAUAAGCAAUUUAUGUAAAAAUUAUGCUACCUACAGUAUGUUUGCUCUAAGGAGUAGGGCAUUACAUUUAUUUUUUAUUGCAAGCCAUUUUUGAAACAAAUGCAUCGCCUGUUACAUGCACAAUGUGUAUGUACCAGGCAACUUAAUCUAAUUUCAAACGUGGCUACUUGGGUUCUACACUUGGCUUUAAUAUUUAAGGGUUUUCAUAUUUAUUUUCUAUUUAUUUGUUCUAGGUAUAAAUACGUUAGAAGUGAAAUGCUACUAUGUAAAAUUAAAUUGAAUAAAUUUUUUAACAUUUUAC